AUGGAAACUGAAACCGGGUGUCAAUGCUCCGUGGGGGCCCUGAAGAUCAUGAACGAGCUCCGAAACGUACAUACUGUUGUGGAGGUGGAAACCAUUCUCGGCCUGGUUGAGCGUAUCCACGCUCUCGGCCACACGAUGUUGAAAUGCAAAGAGUGUCGCGCAAGCCCAGGGUCGUCUCUCAUGACUCUUCCCGCACUGGCAGAACAAUGCCUGUCACUUUUCGAAGCUCUCUGUCUGGCGUACAAUAUUACCCGGAAAAAUAGUUUCUUCGAGCCUCCUAUCCUAGCCUUUGAGCAAUCCUUACAUCAGUUUUUAUGUAUUCGAAGUAAGAUGCAGCUUGGGCAGAUGGAGUUGGAUGAUGAUGAAACGACGGUGCUCGUGAGGGUGCUGCUUGGAAAGAACCUAAUGAAACUCUUGGAACUUCUCAAGGCACUUCGAUCAUUGUAUAAGGAGUGUGGGCAGUCGCACCGGGCCGGUGUUUCAGGCUUGAGAGCUUGUGAAGCACCUGUCGAAUCAAUUAUCCACCGACUUGCGGUAUUUAUGGAACAAAUUGACGUGGAAUCGGGGAUGGAAGACGCAGAGGGUGAUUAA